CAAAAUAUUACUAAUAAUUUAUAAAUUUUAAAAGAAUACAGUAAUUUAGAAAUUUUACAAGAAUAAGAAUUGUUUGGUGGGCUCCACUUGGGUCCGCCCUUACAUACAUAAAUAUGCAACAACUCAAUUCUGCAACACACCAAAAAUUUCCAAAAUUCUUAUCAAAGUAUUUCAAUAACAACAACACCAAAAAAAGAAAUGGCCACCAAUCUAUUACAAGACCACGUGGCGGUGCUGAUGGUGCCGUUCCCGCUGCAGGGCCAUCUGAACCAGCUCCUCCACCUCUCCCGCCUCAUCUCCGCCCGUGGCGUGGCGGUUCACUACGUCGGCACCGCCACCCACAACCGCCAGGCGCGGCGGCGGGCCCAGGGCUGGGAUCCCGUUUCAGCCUCCAACAUCUUUUUCCACGAGUUCCCAUCCCUCUCCUUCACCGCGCCGCCGCCCGACCCCACCGCCGCGAUCAAGUUCCCCGCCCAUCUACAGCCGCUCUUCGACGCCCUCCACUCGCUGCGCCGCCCCGUGGCCGACCUCCUCCACGACCUCUCCGCUUCCUGCCGCCGCGUCGUCGUCGUGUACGACUCCCUGAUGGGAUCGGUGGUGCAGGAUUUCGUGAAAUUCCCCAACGCCGAGUCAUACAUUUUCCACAGCGUCUCCGCCUACACCAUCUUCUUCUUCCUCUGGGAGACCAACGGCCGCCCCUUCGCCGUGGAGCCCGAGAUCCUCUCGGGCCUGCCGGCGCUUGACGGGUGCUUCACGCCGGAAUUCCUGAAAUUCGUGGUGAAACAGCAUAAAUACCUUAAGAUUAAUUCGGGCCGGAUUUACAACACAUGCAGGGUGGUGGAGGGCCCGUUUCUGGAGCUGUUGGAGAAGCCCCACAUCAGCGGGAACAAGAAACAGUGGGCCCUUGGCCCGUUUAACCCCAUCAUCGCAGAAAAGAGAGAGCCCGAAUUCAGACACAAAUGCCUAAAAUGGUUAGAUAGGCAGGCCCGGAACUCGGUCAUCUUGGUCUCAUUCGGCACCACCACUACUCUCUCAAACCAUCAAAUCCAUGAGCUGGCAACGGGCCUUGAGAAAUCCGGGCAGAAGUUCGUUUGGGUUUUACGAGACGCCGAUAGCGGCGACGUGUUUCGGGAAGCUGCCCGGAAAGCCCAGCUCCCCCGGGGGUUCGAGGAGAGGGUUAGAGAGAGGGGAUUGGUAGUUAGAGAUUGGGCGCCGCAGCUGGAGAUCUUGGGCCACUCCGCCACCGGCGGAUUCAUGAGCCACUGCGGCUGGAAUUCUUGCAUGGAGAGUAUAUCCAUGGGGAAGCCCAUCGCCGCCUGGCCGAUGCACUCCGAUCAGCCCAGGAACACCGUCUUGAUCGCCAGAGUGCUCCGGAUCGGCCUCGUCGUUAUGGAUUGGGCCCGUCGGGCCGAGCUGGUGCCUGCACGCGCGCUCGAGGAAGCCGUGCGGAGCCUCAUGGCUUCUGAGGAAGGGGAGGCCAUGAGAAAGAGGGCCGCCGACCUAGGCGCCGCCGUCAGGGACGCCACGGAGGAGGGUGGCUCCGCGCACUUUGAGUUCGACUGUUUCGUCUCGCAUAUUACUAGAUAGAUAGGUACUGCAAUCAAAUAAUAUAUUUUCUUUUACAUAGUCAAAUUAUUAUUCCAGAUUAAAAUAAAUAAUAUACUAUAUAUAAGGCAAAAAAAA